CACCAAGUGAAUUGAUAAAACCCCCUCUUUCACCACAGACUUUUAACACUUUCAGCACUUCACAGCCUCAUUCAAGACGGCUUGCAGUACCAUGGCCAGUGAACCUACAGAAACGCCUGGGUUGACUCUGCCGCCCGCUCCAACGCCGGCUUGGGAGGUCUUACAGAACCUCCAGCAGGGCCAAGAGAAUCAAAACCAAGAGCAUGAUGAUGCCGAAAUCGACGAGGGCUUUGAUGGCCACAGUGACUCAGACCUGGACUCUGCUCUGGGAUCCAACUUGGCGGACUCGACCUAUUCUCUGAGCUCAAGUAUUUUCGAGUACCGAACCUUACAUGGCAGGACAUAUCAUUCGGAUAGAGGCACAGCCCAGUACUGGGCAUCAAAUGAUGAUCAGGCCAGCCAAUCUCUGGAUAUUGCACAUCACUUUACGCUACUUCUGCUGGAAGAUAAACUCCAUCUGGCACCUCUCAAACCUGAUAUCCAGAGGGUGCUUGAUAUUGGGACAGGAACAGCUAUUUGGGCCAUUGAUUUUGCCGACGAACAUCCUCAUGUCGAGGUCGUGGGCACUGAGAUCAGCCCAAUUCAGCCCAGCUGGAUUCCAUCAAACCUGCAGCUCGAAAUCGAAGACUGCAACGACACCUGGACCUUCCGACCCGACUCCUUUGACUUCGUCCAUAUGAGAUUCAUGCUGGGAAGUAUUACAGACUGGGCUGCCACUUUCCGCGAGGCUUUCACAGUCUGCGCCCCGGGUGGCUGGGUCGAAAGCUACGAAGUCUCGUCCACUAUGGAGAGUGACGAUAAUUCUAUACCAGAUGGAAGCGCUAUGCAACGCUGGGGUGAAGUAUUCGAAGAAGGCGGUCAACGAGCAGGGAGAAGCUUUGCCAUGAUUCGAGAAGAUAUACAGAGGAAGUCCAUGGAAGAAGCGGGCUUUGUCAACAUUCAAGUUGUUGACCUCAAGGCACCAUUUGGAGGCUGGCAUACAGAGGAACGUCUCAAACAGGUUGGACAAUAUAUGCAGGCAGCUUUAGAGAGAGACUACGAGGGGUAUCUUCUGUUUCUGGCUUGCGAGCUUUUGGGAUGGACUGAGGAUCAGGUCAGAGCUCUGUGCACCCAGCUCCGACGAGAGAUCCGAUCGGGUCAACAUCAUCCAUAUUUCAGACAAAGGAUUGUGUACGGCCAGAAGCCCGAAGUUUGAUUUCAAUCUAGUGGCUCUUCAGUAACUUAGUAUAUUAUAAACUGUUGCCUUUAGUACCUGAAGCGUCGUCAUUAUUCAAGAUCAUGUCGCGAGGAUGACAUUUCAAGCUUUCAGAGACUAUCAUCAUUUAAUAAUCCUAUUCUGACGGUU